AUGGUUCGCGAAAGUGGCAUCUCAGCGACCAAACCAAUCUUCCCGACCUAUCUGCUCCCCAGUCUCAGCCUACCGCUGCGUUUCCGACGACGAGCCUCGUCAGCGUCGUCCGUCCCAUCCCUGUCCAACUCGACCAGCACGUCACCCAGCAGCUCCCCACCGCCGCCCACCAUUUUGCCGUGCAAGCUCCAGCGUGUGGCGCCGGACACGCUCCGCUGCCAGCACUGCUCGUCCGACAUUGCGCUGUCCGCGCAGAUCAUCUCCAAGGGUUUCACGGGUCGCCAUGGCCGGGCGUUCCUCGUGGGACCGGACGAGGGCGGGGGCCUGAUGAACAUCCGGCAGGGGCGGAGCGAGAGCCGGCAGCUCGUGACGGGGUGGCACACGGUGGCGGACAUUAGCUGCGGGACGUGUGCGAGCAAGCUCGGCUGGAAAUAUGUCGAUGCGCGGGAGAGCGCGCAAAAGUACAAGGUGGGCAAGUACAUUCUCGAGACGGAGCGGGUCGUCGUGAGCCGGAGCUGGGAGGACGUGCCUGUGUUGAUGGGGAGCCAGGAGGUCAGGCAUGGGGAGGCCAAGAGGAGGGAGGAGGAGGGGGGCGUGGUGUUUGACUCGGACGACGAUGAUGAGUGUGAGGAUAUCUUUUCUGGUGUUUGGGACCGGGACGUUGUCGCCAGGAGAAGGCGAGGUACACAGUCAACCAGAAGAGAUGAUGAUGGGGAGUAG